AUGGUCACAAAUACAACUACCAGUAAACCUUUUAGAAUAGCUAUUGAUGGCCCGGCCGGUGCUGGAAAAUCAACUUUAGCUACUGCUCUGGCGGCUAGACUCUCUCUAGUCCAUAUUAAUACCGGCAUCAUCUACCGCGCACUCUCCUAUGUCUUUCUGCAUAGUUAUCCCCCCAAUACACCCAUUCAGACCAUUAAAAGCGAUCUUGACCAGGAAACUCCAGCCAUCAUCGCAACUAUCAAACACUUCAACCCAGAUGUCAAUGAAGCGUCCGUUUAUCUUAAUCACACCGACAUCACUCCCUUCUUGCGCACCCAUGAAAUUGAUGCGGCUGUAGGUAUCAUUGCCAAGUACCCGGCCGUACGGGCUAAAGUCGGCGAAAUCCAGAAGGACCUCAUUCAGAAGUACCUCGUUCCAGGCGUGGUUGUGGAAGGUCGAGAUAUCGGCACUGUCAUUAUGCCUGAAGCCGAAGUCAAAAUCUUCUUAGUUGCUAGUGUGGAAGUCCGAGCCAAACGCCGCGCCCUAGAGAACCAUGAGAACAACAUUCACCAAAUAGAAAAAGAGAUCAAACAAAGAGAUCGCAUGGACGUCACCCGGGAAAUAAGCCCCUUAGUCCGGGCUGACGAUGCCGUUAUUAUUGAUAAUAGCGUCCUAACUAUUGAGGAAACAGUAGAUAAGAUAGCCAAGCUAGUUGCUGAGAGGCGGAAAUAA